AAUUCAGUAGUACUGUUACUACGUGAUUUCGGACAUAGCCACAGUCUGUAGCCGUGUAGCUAGUCUCUGAUACGAUGAGCUGCCUUCAGCUAAAUAAUUUACAUAAAUGCAUGUGAAGGAUCUGCUACAUGGUCCAUUUCAUCCCAAACAUUAAUCGAUCCGGUAAUAAGAUACUUUGCCAACUGAAGAUCUGAUAUUUUAGCCUGUCCGAAACGGCUCCUGAAAAACUUUUAUAUUGAAACUUCUGAUGGAGGUCAAAGGGCGAGCACAUGGCUACAGAUACAGUGCAUACUACAAUACUAGUGUGUAAAAUAAUACGCAUCCUGUGACCUGAACGAAUGCUAGCGUAGUAUUUUGACGUACUAUUUAGUACAGUAGCACGCAGCUUUACCCGCACACUGUGAGGGAAGCGCGAGUUUCCUGUAUUUAAUUUAACCUGAGAGUGAAACAGUCCACUGAUCACACUGGUGGUGUUGUGUAAAUCACAUGCUUUCUUGCUAUCACAAGUGUAUAUCAGAAAACAUUGUCAAGCCGUUGCUAGUAAAUUAGCCACUACUGCUAUACCGUAGUAGUAUGGAGUAUUUACCCGGCUGUAAUAAGAGAUAUAAAGACGUGGAGUACUGGAAUGAACGGUACCAAACCGAAGAGACUUUUGAGUGGUUUGGGGACUUCGCCAAAUUCCGCCAUCUUCUGGUCCAGCAUGUGAGAAAAGAGGAAAACAUCCUGAUGUUAGGUUGCGGGAACAGCGCUCUAAGCUUGCACAUGUACCUGGCCGGCUACACGACCAUCACUAACGUGGACUACUCAAGUGUGUGUGUGGAGAGCAUGGCCCAGCGUCACAUUGACUGCAUGGGCAUGAGCUGGGUGUGCAUGGAUGCUCGUCGUCUGGCUUUCCCUGAUUCCUCAUUUGAUGUGGUCAUGGAAAAGGGCACACUGGAUGCCAUGCUUGUGGAGGAACGAGACCCCUGGAACAUUUCAGAUGCCAGCGUCCAGCUACUGCACGAAGUUCUCAAAGAGAUCAGUAGGGUCCUAAAGCCUGGAGGUCGUUUUGUGUCAGUGACCUUUGCACAGCCACACUUCCGGAAGAAAGUGUAUGCUCGCCAAGAGUAUGGCUGGUCCAUCAACCAUUAUCACUACGGCGACAGCUUCCACUACUUUCUUUAUGUCCUCACCAAAGGGGAGGAGCUUAGCCCAGAAGAUGCUGCAUUGGAGAGAAGGGUGCAUUCCCAGACGGAUGACCUGCCCACUGUGGUCACAUUUCUGGACGAUGAAAAUGAGGACUUCCUCACUAACAUUGGCCUGUAAAAUCUUGCAACAGUGAGCUCAGCCAAGGAAAACAAAGACCUCUGGUUUUCUGAUAGUUACAUUUUAAAUGCUUUUUUACUAGGGAUUCAAUAUGGUAAUGUUAUAUGGAACAUCAUGGAAUGUUUUUUUGUUUGUUUGUUUCCUGGGUGUUUUUAUUGUUUUAUUAGAAAAUUUUUGAUUAGAAAAUUAUCAGAUCCUUGAAAUCUGAAUGUGAUUUCAGAUUUGUACAAAUGCAAUGUAUAAGGUCAUGUUAGAUUUUGUUAUCUUUGGAUAUCAGUAGGAAUUUUAUUGAAUUUUGCCAUAAUUUUGGUAAAAUUAUAUUUUUGUAAUAUGGGUGCUUUAAAAAAAAAAAAAAUCUGAUAAUAUUCUUCUUCUCCUUCCCUCUGUCUCUCUCCAUUUUAUGAUUUCUUGUCUCUUUCCUCUAGUCUGGCCUAACUUCUACAUGGGUAUAAAAUAGGCUAAAGUCAUUUGACAUUUUUACAUUCAUACAGCGACAGCCCUGUCAUAGAUUAAUCACCAAACAACAAACUGUUUCAUUUGCUAUUUUCAGGAAACUGAGCAUAUGUGUGCAGACACAUCCUGUUGUAAAUGAGGUUUAAAUUUUCUACUGGCCACCAGGACUUGGUGACAUUAAUUAAUAAACCAGAAAUCAUUUAUUUUUAAUUUUGCUCUGAAAUCUAAUUACUAGCUAUUUUUAAAGAAUGGAAAAAGGUGCUGUCAUGAUCCAAAUAGAAGCCUGUGCAUUAUACCUUGUUCCCUGUUUUUCCCUUCCCCAUGUUUCCAGUGUUUUUUUCUCCCUUGUGUUUCUGUUAAUGUGUGUGUGCGCUCCACCUCUGGGGCUGUCGGAUUGAAUCAUUGACUCACCUGCUUCUCAUCAGCUCAUCAAUCAGCAGUGUAUAUAAUCCCCAGUUCUUCAGCCACUCAUCACCAGAUUGUUCUGGCUUCAGUAUGGUUAACUGCUCUUGCUCCCUUUCUGCUCACUUUCAGCUCACUUGCUGUUACGCCCAGCCCUGCUUUGUGGUGGAUCUCCUGCUCCAUGUUCAGCCCUCAUGCCGACCCGAGUUCGAGCCUCAGCACUCAAACACCCUAACCCACUUAUGCUCAGCCCCGCUCCCCCCUUCUACAGUGGCGUUUCAGCUGUGCACUCGUGACUUAUGUGGUGGACCAGAGUUCAAAUCCUAACCCCGAUGACUCAUUAUCUCACUCCAUUCCCAUUCCACUCAUGCUUCUACAAUAAAUCCUGUUAACAUUCA